CUCUGUCUUCACACACUGCUGCCUGUAUGUGUGUGUGUGUGUGUGUGUGUGUGUAUGUAUGCAUGUGUGUGUGCACCGCCUCUCCCUGCGCUCUCUCUCCCCUCGCUCUCACACACUCGGACGUGCGCAUACACAGACCAAGGGGGAGAGAGAGAGAGAGAGAGGGAGAGAGGGAGUGUGAGGGGAGAGAACACAUCGCAGCAGAGAUGCAGCAGGAGGUUUUCCGAGAUUUCGGGGGCUGGUCAUGGUGUCCGGUGAAAAGGUGUGGGACCCCCUCCACACGGGCCUUAUUCAGUCACGUCUGAGUGAACAACACCUGGCUGCUGGGCUAACUCCCCUCUGCAAAAUCACACACAGUGCAAUUAAGGACACCACGUGCCAACAGAGUCGGCGGUUGUCACCUUUGUCUUCCCCGUCACCGCCAUUAGUGGCUGUAGACACCCUUCAACCGGCCCGGGACUCCUCACACCUGCCUGUCAAUCUCCGCGGCUCAAGCAAGAUCGAAGGAUUUUACAAACGAAUCCACUGUCUUGGAGGGGCCUCUCAUUCUGAAGAAGAGGAGGAGGAAGGGGAACCGGUGGAGAUGAAGGGUAAACGGCACGUAGGCCGGGGAGAGGCCAUGAUGGAGGACAGGCUGGAGGACAUGGCCGACGGACCUAAAAAUGCAAAAAUCACCCUAAGCUUCCCACUUAGUGCCGCCCCCCUCCCAGCCUCCCUCACAUCUCCGAACCACUGUCGUAGCUCUUCCUCGUCCUCCCCUUCCCCUCAUCGAAGGCGGCCAUCUUCCAAGAGCUCGGACGAGGGGUCGCUGUGGAAACUGGAUGCUACCAUGGACGUAAAGCACAGACCUUUUAAGCCCCCGAGGCGCGACAGCUCUCCGUCCUCUUCGCCUUCCUCCUCCUCAUCUCCCAUGACUGUUCAUGCACUUAGCAGGAAAGAUAUAAAAUCCCCGCCUCCUCUGAAGUGCUCCAAACUCAAUUCAGAGACUCAGUUCCACAGGUCUCCCCCGAGAUCUUCGGGCUGUUACGGCGGAGACGGGUGGGACGAGAGGCACAGGGUAACCAACAGCACCGCCUCCCCCUCUCAAACGGCCCAGAUCCUCUUCAGUCUGGGCACGUCAGCCUAUCAGAGAGGAGGGGACACAGAGAGGAGAGAAAAGAGACCAGCUGGGAAAGUGGGAAGCCCUCACGGACCAAGUCUUCACCCGCCCCCCCUGCACCUCCCUCCACCCUUACCGCCUCCUCCUCCUCCCCCGUCGGAGGAUCUUACCGACCCCCCUCACUCCUCAUCCUAUCCCCCCACAGCCAGCCCGAAGCCCGAGCUGAUUUGCGGUGUGUGCCAUCGGCUUUUCAGCUCGGCCUCCUCCCUGACAGUCCACAUGCGGCUGCAUCGUGGCAGCCGCGCCCUCAGUUGCCGCUUCUGUGGCAAAGUCUUCAUCCACAGCAAGAGACUGCAAUCCCAUGAGUCCUCCUGCCGGGUGCCAGGCCUUCCCUCCAACAGCCUGGGCCCCCCUCCUCUCACCGUGCAGCCAAAGGAGGAGCCGCUGGAGGAGGGCGAGGUGAGAGUGGAGGGGGGAGUGAUCGUGGGACAAUCAGAGAUCGGAAAGGUGCGGCAGGGGAAGAAAGCCCGGAGCCUCCUGGCACGUAUCCAAGGUGAUGAUGCAGCAGCCGCAGAGCUACUGGCAGGUGAUGAGCACCAUUUUGUGAAGGUGGUAGACGGCAAUGUCAUUUACUUCUGCUCCGUGUGUGAGCGCUCAUACAUGACCCUCUCCAGCCUGAAGAGGCACUCCAACGUGCACUCGUGGCGACGCAAGUAUCCGUGCCACUUCUGCGACAAGGUCUUCGCCCUGGCAGAGUACCGCACAAAGCACGAGGUGUGGCACACAGGAGAGCGCCGCUACCAGUGCAUCUUCUGCUGGGACGCCUUUGCCACCUACUACAAUCUCAAAACACACCAGAAGACCAUCCACGGGAUUAACCCCAGCCUCAUCUCCAGCGAAAAGACAGCCAAUGGGGGUUACAAGCAGAAAGCGAACGCACUCAAGCUCUACCGCCUUCUCCCCAUGCGCUCCCAGAAGAGACCCUACAAGACUUACAGUGACAGUUUGCAUAAUGGCCUGCUUCUGCCACCAACUGAGACACCUUCCCUCUCCCUGCCCGCCUUAGGCUGUACUCUGGGCCCUGAGGACCUCCAAAGCCUCAUCAGCGGGGCCCACCCUCAGAGUGUAAAGCCUGACCCAGAUGACUUCCCUAAUGGCUUUCCUGUUUCCGUGUCCGCUGAGGACGGGGACCUCUCUGAACUAACACCCCUCCCCCAAUCGGACAUGCCCCAAGUUAGAAAACAUGAGAGUGAGGCCCUGGAGUUAGAGCAAGGGAGAGGCAGCUUCAAAAUGUCUAGUAGCAGCAAAACCAAAACUCCCAAAACUGAUAGAGGCUCAGAAACAAGCAUGCCUUCUGUGAUAACAUAUGGCCACACGAAACCCUCUGUGAUAGUUCACGGAACAGCAGUGUCAUCCUCCGUCAUCAUGCAUAGCAACCAGGUCACCUCUGGGAGUGAGAAAAGCCCAGUGAGCAGCCCGUCCCCUGAAACCAGCAGCAGUUCACACAAAAGCAUUCCCAGAUCAUUCAAAAGACAUAGAGAUAGCGUAGAUAGACACAGAAAGAGGUCAAGAGACGGUUCAGACACAACAGAGGAGGACUCAAGAGGUAGACAGGGUGCGGAGACAGGCAGAUUAUCUCACAAAUCACGGAAAUCCCACAGCAAGAGCGACAUGUCGAACUCAAAGCUGCUGUCAGCAUCUGUAGGGUCACAGGUCAAAGAGGCAGGGCCAUUGUGCCAGAUUACUGUACGUAUUGGCGAGGAAGCAAUAGUGAAGCGCAGCAUCUCCGAAACAGACCUCAGGAGAGACAAGAGCCACUCUCCUCCCAAAACCAAACGGGGUGAAACGUCAUCAGUGCGGGAUGCCAAGGACACACGCCACUCACACUCCCACCACCAUCACCAUCACCAUAAACACCGCCCCCACCGCCGAGUGGAAGAAGAGGGUGAUAAGGAGGGAGGGGAUGGUGAGGAGGAGGCAGAGCAAAAGAGCUCCAAAUCGCCCGAUGAAGUGAGGGAGUACUACUUCCGAAGGGAGGUGCGUCAUCAGGAGAGUGACCACGAUGAAGAGGAUAAUUUAUGGCGGCCUUACUACUCCUACAAGCCCAAGAAAAAGGCUCAAGCACAUCUACAGAGGGUCAAGAGCUGGCAGAGGAAACUGAAGUUCAAGCGCUCCAUCCGGUUGAAGAGGAGGACAGAUAGAAUCAAGAACCAUGUGAGUAAAGAAACGGAGAAAUCACAAGACGAAGACGAAGAAGAAGAAGACGAAGAAGAAGAAGAAGAAGAAGAAGAAGAAGAAGAAGAAGAAGAAGAAGAAGAAGAAGAAGAAGAAGAGGAGGAGGAAAUGGAGGAGGCUGAAAAAGUGUCGAAAUCUAACAGAGACAUGGGAGAGGGGAAAAAGAAAGAUGAUCUCUUUGCCCCGUUAAAGGAGAAAAACAAAGAGGCAGAGGAACAAGUUACAGCGGCCCCUCUGCACUCUCCAAAGCCUCCUCCCUCUACCCCAGCGGCUCCUACGGGAAUAAAGAGGCGGCCUUGGACCAAUGGGAAUGCAGCAGAGUGUGGAACAUGCGGCCGCUGGUUCUCAAGCCCCAGGAAGAGAGACAAACACGAGCUGAACCAUCUGCUGGAGUUUGUGUGCCUCUUCUGCCGGGCCACUUUCCCCUCAAGGGAUAAGUUGGAGGACCACCAGAGAGCCCAGCAUCCCAAGCCUGCUGAAGCCCCCACUGUACCCCAAAACGAGGACCUUGGCCAACAAGUCGAACCUGUGCCAGAGAUUGCAAAUGAAGAAAAAGGGGCGCAAAUAGGGAGGAAUUCAAGUCCGAGUCGCCUAAGCAGAAGAGCGCUAUCACGACACACCUGUCCGCAGUGUCACAAGGUUUGCAAGACAUCUUCAGCGCUAACUCGCCAUAUCCGACGCCAUGAGUUAAGCAGUUCCCCCGAGAGAGAAAAGGAAGAUAAAGAUUCAUCGCCAAAAACGACUGAGACAGUUGUUAACACUGUUAGCAGAGACCUAGAGACGGAAAAAGGCCCCAGUGCUCUCUCUGUUUCAGUUAUCAGCUAUUUAACACCAGACCCGCCCAGCAGUACUGACUAUGUGGCAUCACGGCAGCGUGCAGACCCCCUCAGUGAACCGACACGUGAACAUCACAUGUCAGAAUCCGGUGACAAACCUGCGCUCACACAUCCAGUUCUAGAGAGAGAGCCCAGUCCAGACCCUCCAUUAGAAAUCCCAGUAACCCCUACUCCCACUAAAUUCCCGCCUGCCCCACCCUCGACUCUCCAGAGUGUGCUGGUCAUGAAUGGACCUGAAUGUCUGGACUACCGCACCCCCAGCAAAAAGAGCCUAGACAGCCACAGAAUACCCAGCCCUGUGCACAUCGUGGCAUCCAGCAACACCUCUCAAAAUGUGCCCACAACGUCACAGACCAGAAUAACCACUGCUACUCCUCCUGUUUCCAUGACAACAGCUCUCAGCUCCGAGGGGGGAUUUAUGAAACGGGAUGGGGUCAUUAUGGACAGAGAGAGGCAGGGCGGGAGCGGGAUAUUUCGUCACGUGGUUUACGAGGAGCCCCCAAGGGUCCAGGAUCUCAGAGUUCAGUCGCUGUCCAGGAGUCCCUCUCCCGACGAAGCACAAGACCUGACCAUGUCCUCCAUUCUAGCGAGAGAGAGGGAGAUAGAGAGGGAGAGACAGAGAGAGAGGGAGAGGGACAUGGUGAUAGAGAGGGAAAAAGAGAUAGAAAGGUCCCAUCAAAUAAGUAGAGAGAUUUCAGAUUUCCAGAUUUCUCUGUUGGUCCCUAAAGAGGAGCCCUUGAGCCCUGUGCCGUCCCCCCAGCAUAUCCCCCCUCAAACCACUAUGAAUGGAUCCUCGUCCCACAGGCACACUCCCAAAUCCCCCUGCCGGUCCCCCUCAACUAUUGGCCUCAUAGCUCAGGCCAAUCGCCAGGUUCACUCCAGUUCACAAGGCCUCGACAGACUCCCCCUGCCCACAGGAGCAGCAGGUGCGUGUGAGCGCCCCUCCGCCCACGCUCUGCUUCUCCCCCGGGCCCCUCAACCACCUGAGCCGGAGCACCACGAUACUGUAUCUUCCAGAGAAAGGGACGCCACCCCAGUGGGCUACCAUUCCCAUAAUUACCCCCUGCCCCUUAUUGUGCCGGACAGCUACCACUCCAGUAAAAACCAGGAGGAAAACCUGCUCAUGUCCUCCUAUCCUGCUGGAGCUCUUCCUUUCGGCCCACUGGGGAAAAUGAUGGUCCCGAGUGGCGGGGACUUGGCUAAGCUGCCAUUUUAUCCGGACCCUUACCAGCUGCUCUACGGACACCAGCUGCUGGCCUACCCUUACAACCUGGCUGCUCUUCCUGUGACUCUGAACAUGAUGGCACCUGGGGGGGACAAAGUGGAGCCUCUGCCUUUCCUCCCGGCCAUCUUCAACUACGCAGCCACCGCCGGCCCCUACAUGGGAGCAGCCCCUCACCAGUUCAUGGCAAACCCAGGGCUCUACAGCAGCAGCAGCAGCAGCGGCGGCGGCGGCGGCGGCAGCAGCAAGAAGCCGCGAGACAGCAGCAAACCGUAGGACACAGAAGCACUCUGAGGAAUAUAUUUCAGUGGUGACGGCCUGGCCUGUUAAGGAUGGGAUGGGAGGGGAGGGGUGGGUGCUCACUGGGUCACUGAGUACACUCGCACAGCAUCCCUGCCUCUCUUUCAAUGAGUGGAGAUCAGAGCUAGGCAUUAAAUCUGGAGUAGGAUGAAGGGAGGAGAAGGAGCAAAGGAGCAGGGAGAGGGGCUGGUGUUAUAGUGACGUAUCCCCUCUCUUUACUCCCGCUCACCUUUCUCAGUGUCUCUCCUGUCUUGCUGUAGUGUGUCGUAGUUCUAGAGCUUGAUUAACCUUCCUCUCUGACUCAUUAUAUUAUCAAUAACAAUAAGAACUGCUAACAGGGUGUGUGCUGUGUGACACAUUAGUUGAUUCUGCUUCCCUUUAUAGCCACCAUAUUACAAGGAUAAACAGUCUUCAGGGGAGGCUUGUGGAUGAGAUCAGGAUAAGGGAUGAAACAGAAUAGUCCUUACUCAACACAGCUGACGGUGGAGUGUUAAGCAUCCUUAUUUGUAUGAGUGAAUGAGAAUGAAGGUGUGUCCUGUCGUUAAAUUGUCCAUGACAAUAUGUACAUGCACAUGCGAGCGGGAAUGUGUGCAUGCGGAGGUGGGCCUUAGCAGGUAUGACUGUGUACACUUUGAAGUGUGUGUGUGUGUUUUGGAGUAUGUGUGUGAGUGCCUAGAUCAUUCCGUGUGAGACUUGCACGGCAUUCCUCCUAUUUGGAAUGGCUGCUGUAGGUCAAUGUGUAGAAGUGCAUUUAGAAGUGAUUCUUCAUAUCCAAAUCAUUAAGAAGUAAAUGCUAUGGCUGGAUGCGAGUCUAUGACAAUGACAGAUCAUUUGAGCUUCUAAUGUCUCGACUAACCUGGCACUGUAGGAUCUUUAUAGCAUUCACCAUAGUUUUUAUAUUAUGUGCACAAAAAUAGAAAAAGUAGAGGUCACUUUAUGGGGACACUUGUAGCUGCUUGGGAUAUGUAGCUGGCCACUGGGUUAGAAAUAAAGGCUGGUAGGCCAUUGCACUUCCGCUUCUCAUCUCAUUUCCUUCAUGUAAAAUAAGGAAAAGAAUACAAACCAGUCAGCCUUCAUCUUGCGUAGCUUUUUCCUCUUUGAUUGGAAGAGAAAAAGGCUCCAUUUCCUAAGCCAGAAAGAAGAAAGUGACAGCAAGGAAGGAAAAAGACAAAUGGAUUCAGGGUAUUUUCUGUAUAGGACAAGAAUAUAUGGGCACAAAACUGUUGGACUCUUGAGUCAGAAGGACCCACAGAAAUGACUUUGGGGACAAAAAAACGUCCUGCUCCCCAACCGAGGGGACUGAGGGGUGUUGGGAAUAGCCUGGGCUACUUCUCCUCCUUCCCUUAUUACUAAAAGGUAGGAAAAGGCUGAACUUAGCAGCCAAAGCGGUGGCCGAAACCCCCCCAGGUGCCCUCCUGGGGCCUUUUUUGUUUUACGUGUAAUGUUAUCUUUAUAUGUUUGUUUUGUUAAACUAUGUUGUUGUUUAUGUUGUUUAGCCCUCUUACCAGAUGGAAAUGGCUUCAGUGAAAAGGGGGAGUAAACUUUAAAAUAUGAAUGUAAAUGUAGUCAUGAGGUUAAUGAAGUACAGCUGCAUUAAUGGUAGAGAUGGUUCCUUUUUGUCUCUCUUUUGACACAAAUAACCUGUUAAAGAAACCGUAUAACGUCUGGUAUGCAUAUAUACAGUAGUCCUAGGAACAUGUCAGUAAACUUGGGUUCUGUAUCCACAAAGCAUGAGCAUCACUUGCUUCCUAACCGUUUAUAUCCUCAGCAGAUCUGGCAUUGUGCGCACAGCUUUUGUUUCCGUUUCCUUCCUCUGGAGAUAUUUCUGGCCUCUUCAUCCUCAUACCUUUUUUCAUUUUUUUUUGUAUUCAUUGUAGACAAUUCCAUAAAACUUGGGGCCACAUUUACUUCUCACAGUCACUACUUAGGAGAAUCCUCCUUCUUCCCUCAAACACACACUCGCACACCUCUGAAUGAAGUGCAUAUGUUUCAGUGUGUGUGCAUGUGUGAUGGUACUCUGGCACCUUUUGGAUCAGACAGGAGUGUUCAAACACAUUGUGACCAACUGCAGGGGUGCACAAGCAUCCCCCUUGGGUGUGGUUACAAGCCUUUUGCGGGUAGCCGUACGUACGUGUUUUGUGUACGAGAGUGAGUGCCUGUGCGAAUAUGAAAACCAAAUUAAAUCUGCCGGAGCAGCAGACCCCUUGGCAGUAUAUGGGCCACUUGUUCUUUUUUUAUUUUCCUGUGGGUUAGUUUCAGUGUAAAAAAGCCUUGCUGUCUCCAAUACACUAUCUCAAGCCAUUCCUUAUAGAUGGACAUGUUUGUGUUUUGGACCAUUUCUUAUGCCAUAGUUUGCCAUCAUGGUUAUCAUACAAACCAAAAGCAUGCAAAUCGACGUAUUGUAGUGACCGAACUGGAAUCUGGUGGUAAUAUAAGACUAUUCACUGUAUGUUUUCGUUUUUAAUGAAUGUGCCUCUGCUUUGAUAUUUAAAUAAUUAUCUAUAGUAUGAUGUGAAUCUGCCAGAUUUCAACUGUUAAGGUGCCUUGUUAUGGCAUAAGAAAUAUGAAUAGUAAAUGAAGCGCUUUCUUGAGAAAUGACGAAGAGUUGGAGAUAGAUUUCAUGGCUUUAUUUGCUAUGAAGCUGUUCAUAGACGUAGGGGUGUGGCUAAACUGUUUUGGUAUCGUGUACAUGUCUAGGAUAAUACUGUGCCAUAUAGAGCCCACAAAAUAUGUUAAUGUUAUUUUUAAAAGAUGUUUUAAUGUUGCCUGAUGACUUUGUCUUUAGAUUUGAUACAAAGGCUUGUAGCCACAGCUCUCCCAAAGUCUGUAGUCUCCUUUUUCCGACAUUCUUCCUGUUCUCUCUCUUUCCCCCUUGUUUCCGUCUCUCCCUUCCUUUAUCUUUGCUGCAAUCAAACAAAAUAAAGUAUUAACCUGAUGACCCAAUGAAAUCAA